AUGAGAGUUUUGAACGGAGAGGGAGGUGAAGGCAUCUGUGUGGAUGUCCUUGGUGGCAACGCCAUCGGUAAAGGAAGGAUUAGCAGCGGCAUUAGGUCGGGGCGUGACGCCGAAAGGAUUGUUAUCAUCAAAUGUAUUUUGAGUUUGGCUUACCUCUGCAACUGCAAGUACUGUUGCAGGGGAGGCGGCUCUGGUGGCUCCGCAACAUCUGUCAUUAGGAUGGAUUUGUGUAUCCUCAAGCAAUUAUCGGCUCAAUCGUUAGCUUAUGAUCUCAUUGUUUCUCUCAAUGCCGCGGCACCGAGUAAAAUAUCCGUUGUUUUUGCUUUCGGCGACUCAACACUGGACCCCGACAACAACAACCAUCUCGGAACACUCUUCCGAGGCUAUCAUCCUCCGUAUGGACGUGACUUCCCCGGCCACAUCGCAACCGGGAGCCGGCACAUAGACGACUUGACAGCGACCAUUUCCAAUGUGGCUCACAUGUCGACGCAGUUGCGCUACUUCGAGCAAAGCUUGGCUCGGAUGCAGGGUACCGUUGGGAGGGAGGCUCCCAGUCGCAUAGUGGAAGACGCUUUGUUUGCCAUCGGUGUCGGAACUGAUGACAUGAUAUUUAACUUCUACGAUCUACCAACGAGGAGGGGUCAGUUCUCACUUCCGGCAUACCAUGAUUUUCUGCUCCAAAAUUUGGAGUCCUUCGUUAUGGUGAGUGACAAGAUACAUUCAAUCUCUAUUUCUCUGUCUCAACCUUUUCAUAAUAUUGAUCCUCCUCUGACGUAUGAUAUGAAGUGGUUAACUUGUGUUAAUGCAGAGACUUUACAGCAUGGGAGCACGAAGGUUCUCAAUAUCGGGGCUGCCGCAGUCGGGUGUCUGCCGGUGCAACAGACGGUGGAAAGCAUACUGUCAAUGCCGGGGGGCCAUCUGCUGCAGAGGGCUUGUAAUGCUGAAGAAAAUCAAGACUCCCAGGCAUAUAACGCCAAGCUCCAGGCUCUUGUGUUGAGGUUGCAAGCUACGCUCCCUGGUUCCCGGUUCGCGUACAUCGACAUCUACAAUCCAUUGCUGGACAUGAUCUCCAACCCUAGGAAAUAUGGGUUUGUGGAAACAAGGAGAGGAUGCUGCGGAAUGGGACUGGUGGAGAUGGGUGGUAUGUGCAACAGUGCAACGCCGGUGUGCCCUGACGCUUCAAAAUUCGUCUUCUGGGACGCUGUUCAUCCAACUCAAGCCACUUACCAGAUUCUUGCCAACAUCUUUACAGCCACUGUUCUUCCCCGUCUUGUCAGUUAA